GACUCUUUUGUUCCUGUCUUCCUUUUUCCAUGAUCCAAAGCUUCCAUUUGAAUGAAUCUUCCCAACUUCUAGAGAGAGAAACUCACUUUUAGAGAGAGAAAGUGACAACAGAGGAGAGAGAAAUUAGCACUCCCAGUUACGGCCGUGUCGGUAGAGAGAGAAACUCAGUAGAAAAAACAACUGAGGUUUUCUUCAGAAAAACAAAAUUCAUCUUUGCUUUUCAAUGGAGUUUCUCUGUUUCAUUUGCUGCUACUAAGUACCCAGAACUCAAGCUCUAACAAAUUCUCGAAUGAAGUCGAGAUACCCACCAAAAAUUAACAACAAAUUAUGUGCAGAUCUUGCUCUUCUUUCGACUUCCAAGCCGAAACAAUUUCUUCAAAUCAAUCUUGUAUAAAUGGAAUUCGAGGCUUUUGUGCUCGAAUUCCGAUUUUAAGGAGAAGAUUUCAUAGAUAGUUUUGUAGGUGGUAUAACUUUAAUACUGCAAAAUAUAUACAACUCUUUGUUAUGUAUUUCCAGUUAAUUAAUGGUGGAAUUUGUCGGCAAUGCUCAAAUUUUGAGUCAAACUGGAGGUGUAUUUGGGAUUAAUUGAUUAAUUUUAAUUUCCCUAAUGAAGUUCGUGUGUUAUUGUCCGAUUUUACCUUUUUUCGCGAGCCAAGAGAAGAAAUAUUACCGCUAAUUGAAUUUUUCAUAGAUGACCUGCCUAUCGAGAAAAAGCAUUGAUUAAGAAGUGUGUUGUAAGGUGGUGUUGGAGUUAGGUUGAUUAAGUGUUGUUUUUGUGCUUAAUAUUCUGCCAUGAUUACGUUUAUGGAUCCAAAGGAGAAAAUAAAAGAGGCUGAUAAUUGUUUAGAUUCGCAAUUAUGGCAUGCUUGUGCUGGAGGAAUGGUACAAAUGCCACCAGUGAAUGCUAAGAUUUAUUACUUUGUACAAGGGCAUAUUGAACAUGCUAAUGGUAAUGUGGAUUUUAGGAGUUUCCCACGAAUUCCGUCGUAUGUUCUGUGUAGAGUCGAGGAUAUACGGUACUUAGCUGACCAGGAGACGGAUGAGGUUUAUGCGAAGAUUCGAUUGAAUCCUGUCACUAAUGAGGUUGAUUAUAGUGAUGAAGAUGUUGGAGUUCAUGGUGCUGAAGUGCAAGAAAAUAAGCCUGCUUCGUUUGCUAAGACUUUGACUCAGUCUGAUGCCAAUAACGGAGGCGGGUUUUCAGUCCCUCGCUAUUGUGCAGAAACAAUCUUUCCGCGAUUAGAUUACUCAGCAGAUCCACCUGUUCAGAACAUUCUUGCAAAGGAUGUACAUGGCGAGCCCUGGAAAUUUAGGCAUAUAUAUCGAGGAACCCCUAGGCGUCACUUAUUAACUACAGGGUGGAGUACAUUUGUGAAUGCUAAGAAGCUUAUUGCUGGGGACUCGAUUGUGUUUUUAAGAGCUGAAAAUGGGGACUUGUGUGUUGGGAUUCGGAGAGCAAAGAGGGGACUCGGGGGUGGACUUGAUUCGACUUCUGGAUGGAACCCAGGAUCCACUGUUUUGAACUAUGGUGCUUUCUCAGCUUUUCUUAGAGAGGAUGAAAACAGGAUCUCAAGAAAUGGUAAUGGUGUUGGUUUGAACUCAGGUGGUAAUGCUUCGGGGAAGGGGAAAGUGAUGAUGGAGUCCGUUAUUGAAGCUGCAACCUAUGCUGCUAAAGGGCAGCCCUUUGAAGUUGUUUACUACCCUAGAGCUGGUACCCCUGAGUUUGUCGUGAAGGCUGGACAUGUAAAGGCAGCACUUCAAGUUCGUUGGUGUUCAGGAAUGAGGUUCAAGAUGCCCUUUGAAACUGAAGACUCUUCCCGGAUAAGUUGGUUCAUGGGCACCAUAUCCUCAGUUCAGGUUGCUGAUCCUAUGCACUGGUCUGACUCACCUUGGAGGCUUCUUCAGGUAACAUGGGAUGAACCAGAUUUGCUGCAAAAUGUGAAACGCGUUAGUCCGUGGCUGGUGGAAUUAGUAUCUAAUAUGCCAGCCAUUCAUCUGUCCCCCUUCUCCCCUCCAAGGAAGAAAUUCAGACUUCCUCACCAUCCAGAUUUUCCCAUGGAUGGCCAACUUCCGGUCCCCUCAUUUCCCGGAAACUUCCUAGGGCCAAAUAACCCUUUCGGAUGUUUACCCGACAAUUCUCCUGCUGGCAUGCAGGGAGCCAGGCAUGCUCAAUUCGGUCUUUCACUGUCCGAUCUUCACAUGAGUAAAUUACAGUCGGGUCUCUUUCCAGGUGGCUUCCCAGCACUUGAUCCCACUACUACUCUACCCAAUAGACCCUCUAGUUCAUUAACUUAUCAAAAACCCGGCAGCAACGAGAACAUUUCUUGCUUGCUCACUAUGGGAAACUCAAACCAAUCAAUAAAGAAAUCUGAUGUGACAAAGCCACAUCAUUUUGUGCUCUUUGGAAAACCAAUACUGACAGAGCAGCAAAUGUCUCUAAGUCGUUCAGGUGACACAGUUUCACCAGUUCCUACAGGUAAUGGCUCAUCAGAAGGAAAUGUGGACAAGGCAGGUAAUGUCUCUGAUGGUUCAGGGUCAGGACACAACCAGGAUCGCUCUUCUAUGGAACAACUUCCAUGGAUCAAGGACAACCGCCCAGAAAUGGACUCAGAACUGGAGACUGGUCACUGUAAGGUUUUCAUGGAGUCGGAGGAUGUUGGCCGUACUCUUGAGCUAACAUUGCUGAAAUCAUUUGAAGAACUUUGCAGCAGGCUGGCAAACAUGUUUUGUAUUGAGAGUUCUGAUAUGCUUAACCGUGUAGUCUACAGAGAUGGUGCAGGUUCUUCAAAGCAAGUUGGAGAUGAACCAUUCAGUGAAUUUGCAAAACGAGCAAAGAGGUUGACAAUCUUGAUGGAUUCCAGCAGCGAUAACGUAGGAGCGUAGAAGCAUCAUAGAGGUGAUGCAAUAAUAAAUACGAGUGCAAUUGUACAGGUAGUAGAUCUUAUUGUUGUUCCUAGGUGACCCGACCCCCUUAUGUGAUUGAGGCAGAUGUGGGACGAGCACAUUUGAGCCAAAUUUUGGUCCUCUUAGUGUCAGAUCUUCACAUACCACUAUUUUCUUACCAAUAAAUUUUCUCCAAGGAUUAUGCAAAUUCCUGAUACAUUUAAUGGUUUAGUUGGAAAAUUUGUUGCUAUAUCUAUCUAGUAUCUGUUUCUUUUCGCGCA